UCUAGUCACAAACUCCCUAUCUCUUUCUCCCUCUCUCCCCUUCUCUCUCGCCAAAGAGAAAAAAGUUCAUAAAACAAAUGACCAUCAAGAAGUCAUCAACCAAGCUCUCACAAGCAGCAAUUAUCAAACAUAUCAUGAAGAGAUGUUCAAGCAUAGGAAGGAAACAACAACAACAUUAUGAUGAUGUACCCAAGGGCCAUUUCGUCGUCUACGUUGGCGACAAUCGAAGCCGAUAUGUCGUGCCAAUCUCGUUCCUGUCGCGGCCUGAGUUCCAGAGCCUGCUCAACCUAGCUGAAGAAGAGUUCGGAUUCGAUCAUGACAUGGGCCUAACCAUUCCAUGCCAAGAACAAGUCUUUGAGUCACUAACUUCAUUUCUUCGGUUUUGAUGACACUAGACAUCAACUUCUACUACAUAUUAGUUCAUUUCCCUUUUGCUGUUUUUUUUUAAUCUAACCAUGCAUUAAGAUACUAUAUGAAGUAAUUAGCACCCACAUGGAAUGGGUUUUUUAAUUCAUUGUAAAUCUAUAAAGAUUUUUUUUCUUGAUGUGUUCGGGUUUUUUAUUCUUUAUAUUAUUUUGUUUUUGUA